UGGACGAAUUUACAUCGUACAAUAUAAAUACAUAGAAAACUGCACAGUGACUCCAUAGAACUUCCUGACAAUCCCUCUCCUCUAUCGAACAGGCCAAUGAGUGGAGACAGUCAAAGGACCCAGCGUGGAUUUGAUGCCUCUCGAGUUUGGGCGGUUGUCAUAGGCAUUGACGAUUAUCCCACCUCGCCGCUACGUGGCGGUGUAUCAGAUGCGGCAGAAGUCGUGAAAUACUUGGCUGACGAACUUCAUGUCCCGAAAAAUAACAUCCAGUGCCUUCUCGGUUCCACCAAUAACCAACCGCAAAAGUCCCCAUCGUGCUCGUCAUUUAUCAGUGCAGUGAAACAUUUUUUCGGUUUUUCACUGCACUGUAAUACCGAUUCUAUCAACUGCUCAUCCGCCACUCAUCCCUCGAUUCAUACUAAAUCCGCCACCCGCGCCAACAUUAUCAAGGCGCUUCUCAAACUUUCCGACAACUCCAAUAUUCAGGAAGGCGACAACAUUGUCAUCUAUUUUGCUGGACAUGGCUCAUGCUACCCUGGCUCAGAGUUUUACAACGGGGAUCCCGUUGCCUCCGCAGGGCACAUCGAGGCACUGUGCCCCAUGGAUCGAAGCAGCAGCGUUCCUGACAUCUGCGACAGGGAAAUCAACAGAAUCAUCUCCCACAUUUCUGACAAGAAGGGACAUCAUAUCACCUUAAUUAUGGACUGCUGCCACUCUGCGGGUGUCACCAGAGUCGUGAUACCAGGCGUACGUCGUGCGGAUCCAAUGCCUGGUGCUUCGAUAAAAGCUAUGUUCGAUGCUGCAGAUGAGGAUUUAGGCGAGCUUCCGGGAUAUAAAUCUGUAUCCAUGGAGGACUGGAGAGAGAACAUGGAUACUCACGUAGUGUUGGCCGCAUGCAAGGAGGCUCAAUUCGCGACGGAGGCUCAGCACAAGGGGAAGUCAGGAUACAAUGGAGUUUUCACUCAAGCGCUCCUUCGUGUCUUUAGAAACGGUCAUUUGGAAGAUGGAUCGACAUAUGUGGACGUUAUCCGUCACUUGAAUGAGUCGAGUUCGCAGUGCUACUCGCAGACAGCCGUAGUUGCUGGGAGGUAUAAAUAUGCAAGGGUUUUGUAUCAGGAAACGGAUGCACAAUUAUCGAAUGUAGAAUCUCUAGUGUCGCCUGGUCCUAGUUCUCAAGGCAGCCAAGAAGAGAGGUUCGAAGGCGAAUCCGCAUAACACUGGAACUGUCUCGCUAGGUCCGGGAGAGAGAAUGGGGAAUUGCUAGUGAUAAUUAUGGAUGUAAGCACAAUGCAGUAACGGCAUACCAGUUUCUAAAUCCCCGAUCCUUCCCUUGUGUACGAGAAAACGGCAGGCAGUAUCCUUUGUAUAAACUUGACAGUAACAUGAUUGUUCUAAGCUGAAUUAUAUACCACCAAGGCACGGAUAUACACCUAUCGUUCGCGCGAUCCUCG